AUGGCUGCCAUCAACCACUAACAAAUCACUUCUUUUUAGGGAAAGAUGAGAAAUCAAAGAAAAGGAGUGGAAAAAAAAAAUAAAAAAGGACCGACCCACUUCCUGCGUUGCCUGCUGCUGCUUUCCUUUUCACCAGGAGAGGAGAUGGAAUGGGGGUGUGAACCAGAGGCUGCAGCUCCUCUUCCCUCCCGCUGAUCAAGCUGCAGGCGUGACUGGGACUGAGCCAGUACAAGCCGGCUGUCACAUGAGAAGGGGCUGAACAUACAUGGUCUGUCUGUGGCUGCAGAGCUCAGAUGUGUAAGUUUACCCACAGAGUGUUGCUGCUCUGGCAUCAGCCCUGCUCUGUACCAGCCCUGCUCCCCAGGCCAGGAGCAGGAGCUGCAGCGUCCCUGUGGUGUCUUGGUGAGCAGAAAAUGUGAGCCCAGGCUCUUCUGCUGGGGCAGAGCAAAGGAGAAUCAGUGUCCCAGCUCUGGAAGGCAGAAAGUGUCCUUUAAGUCUGGCUUAGCAUAAAUCCUGGGCUAAGUUCUGCUUUUCUUGUGCUUUGUCUAGCAUAAAAGAGGUUUCUCUCAGUUUAACAAGAGCCAAACCCAUGUGGAGUGUUUACAGAUCUGUACUGUCUCGCUGAGGCAGAGCUGCAUUUUUUCUGCACCUAUUCCAUGCAACAAAUUACUUGGAAAGCAGAGAGCUCAGGGAAGCACCUGCUGCCCUCACUUGCUGUUGCAGUGAGAGAAACCCAAGUGUCUUAUGAGUCCUGCUAAGAAAAUGACCUUCUGUAACUAUUACAUUAAUCAAUCUUUAUAGUAUGAAGCUCUAUUAUGUUUAUGUGUAUUAGUUCAUAUUGAAAACUGUAAUGGAAAGAGGUAUAGAAAUUUUACUGGACACUUUGUUCAUGCUUAAAUAAAAUAAGUUUAAGGACUUUUAUUUUAAAUAAAAUAAGUUAAAGGAAGCCUAGAAUGCCCAUGAAGAAUACAGGAUACCUCUAGGCAGCCAAGGUAAUGCCAGCAUCCUCUAACACAUCUCCCAGCUUUGUCUGGGAUCAGAGGUAAGUAACUACAGCAAGACUGACUCCAGCAACAUCUGGGUCAUUAGGCACGCAGCACAAAAGCUGCAAAACUGUAGCUGCUUUGCCAAGUUUUGCUCUGAUUAACAAUCAGUUGUGUGGGUGUUGCUGAUUAGUCAAAUUGUGCUGUACACGGACAUUUGAUGGGUACAGAAACCCUGUGCAAAGCCACAUUUAAGGUGCCCCAGUUUGGCUGGGAUGCCUUUUGUGACAGUUUUCCUGGGUGCUCGAGUGGACAGGGAUGAUCCAGAUUGCUGCUGGGAUGCUGUGAUGAGACCAGGGGCACCCCGAGCCCGCCCCGGGCACAAGGUACCGACACUCCCUCCCCAUGGCCAGCGGCACAGUCCGGGCGGGGCCGGGGGAACAGCCCCCAGGAGCACCCCCAGAGUGCUGGGCAGUGUCACCUGUCGUGACACCUCAGUUCCCCACUCAGGGCAGUCCCGGGGCUGGCCGGGAGCCCGCUGGGCAGCGCCGUGCCGGUCUCAAAUCUCCCCCCGGGCGGGAUUUGAGAGCCCCGGAGCGCCUGUGCUGGCCUGGCUGUCGGGAGGGGCAGCGAUGUGCUAUCCCCUGGGAGCAGCCCGAGCUCUCCCGGCGCUGCCGAUGUGCCCAGCCCCUCCGGCCGAGGCACCUGCCGGCCUCCUCACGUCACCAGGCUCCGGAUAUAAAGCGCAGGCGACAGAGCAUCCCCAGCGCAGCUCCCCGAGACGCGCAUCUUCAGGGAGAGAGCCACUCGCGGGAGGAGAGAUGUUUUAUUCGGGGAUCCUGACAGAGCCGAGUAGGAAAGAAGUGGAGAUCAGGGAAGCGGCGUCUCUCCGCCAGCAGAGGAGGAUGAAGCAGGCGGUUCAGUUUAUUCACAAGGAUUCUGCAGAUCUCCUCCCUCUGGACGGGCUGAAGAAGCUGGGCACUUCGAAAGAUACUCAACCACAUAACAUCCUGCAGAAGCGCCUGAUGGAGACAAAUUUAUCCAAGUUCCGAGGCAGCCGAGGCAGCUGGACUCCAAAGGGUGAUCUCUCAUCACAGACCAACAAGCUGAACCAAACCAAACUGGGCAGCUCGAGCAAAACAGAGGAUGAAGAGCUCAUAGCGGUGAGCUGCCAGUGUGCGGGGAAGGAGCUGAAGGCCGUGGUGGACACCGGCUCACAGCACAACCUCAUGUCGUCCGCCUGCCUGGACAGGCUGGGGUUAAAGGAGCAUCUCAAAGCACUCCCUGUUGAAGAUGAGAUGGUUUCACUGCCAAACAAGGUGAAAGCCAUUGGCCAGAUCGAGUGUCUGUCCCUCACAGUGGGAGCGGUCCCCGUGGAGUGCGCUGCCCUCGUCGUGGAAGACAACGAGCAACCCUUUUCCUUUGGGCUGCAGACACUGAAGUCUCUAAAGUGUGUCAUAAACAUGGAGAAGCACCACCUCGUUCUGGGGCAGAUGGACAGGGAAGAAAUCCCAUUUGUGAGCAUUGACAGUGCUGAGGCAGGAGAGCAUUUGGAGGCAUAAAGAGGAGUUGAAACGCCAUCCCCACACAAGAGCUUGAUAUCAAAGAAAUCCUGUGCAGCUGUUCCAGAUGAAACAGCAAUGCGCUGCUUUGAAAACAUUUAUACUAGGCUACAGCUUGAGUAGAGCUAAAUGAAAUCCUGUUUGUAGCCAGUAAUUUAGAGAUAUUGUCAUGUUUAUCUAUGGGUUUUGAGAAACAAACUUAUUGUGCUUAUUUUCUGGACUUUUCUAUAUAGUGUCCUCUUUAUUACAAACAGUUGGGAAAACCUUAUGAAUUUCUUCUGAUGAUAAAAAUACUUUUUAUAGUGGCCUCGUAUGAGUAAUUGUACUUAGCUGUGAUUAGAGGCUAUCAGAAUGAGAUUUUUAUUAAUGAUUUUUCCAGGGGCUAAGCAUUUAUAUUCACUUAAUUGAUAUUGCCACAUUCAAAUGGCCAUUACCAGGAAGUUACUUCGAGUGAAAUAACAAUGUUAAUACCACCUAGGAAUUAUAGCUCAUCCUGUUAGCAUAGUAUUGUUGCCAUGUAAUUAGGGAUGCAGCUGCUGGCCUGAUGAGAAAGAGCAAUUGCAGAAUUAUUAAUGGGUUACAGGCUUCUCUGCAGUGGCGUGGCAGAAGCACAGGAACAGGGUUUGGGAAGGCUCCCAGAGUGGGGUUGGCACCAGGACAGAGGCUCGAAACCCUCUGAGGAGGGAUCCUCUGGGCAAGUCUUGGCUGCCUUCCUAUGGGGUAGUCAAGUAAAUCAACCAUUACACUGGCCCAAAAAGCAACAAAAAGCACAGAAGUGUGUUGUGUGGAGAGCAGCAGAUGCAGUGCCCGGGGUUGCCCCUGCCACCAGGACCUGUGCCCACCCCUGCCCACCCAGCACCCAGCCUGAAGCCCCUGCAGCGCCCAGGCCACACCUGGUGCAGGUUACUGACUCCAGCUGCACUUCAGUGCUGCUGCCAGAAAUGCCAUAUUUUUUAUACCUGUCUACAGAUUGCUUGGGUUCUUAAAUACAACCCUUGAUGACCCUCAGGGGAGGUGGGAGUUUUUGCCAGGACAAGCUUUCUGUUUGGUUUCACUGUCCUGGAGCAGCAGGGUUGCUACUUCCCGUGCCACAUGAUAUUGCCUGGGGGAGCCUGGCCUCACACAAACUCAGAUUUUCAUGUUUUCAAAACCUAACGAGAAUUAAUUGCUGGGAUCUGCUUGAAGAGGCAUCUUUAAAAUUCAGAAUAACAUGUGUGGUGUUGUGCAUCUGCUGAUGGCCAGUCCUGCUGCAGCUGGAUCCUUAAGGGGUCAGGUUGUGCUGCAGGAGUCAGGCAGCUCUGACUUAGCAAAAGCACUUUGGCCCUGGCAUCAAUGGCAAGCACCAGCAGCAUUCCUGCUUCAGAAGCCUCUUGGGUGGUUGUGGGUGAGAAUCAGAAAGUUUGGUCACCUCAUGGCCAUUGGCAGCCAGGCUCUUGGCAGCUGAUCCAGUGUGUGCCCACCUCUGCCAUCCCAUGCCUGCCACAGCAUCUCGGCUGGAGCUUUAUCUCCUGCAGUGGGUUUGGACUUCUUUUCAAUAUUGGGUACAUCCAGCAAACCUGAACUAUCUGUAUUUUGAGCUAUUUUCUAUUUUGGUGAUAAGCUUCAGUGCUUUCUCUACAUACAGUAUUUUAUAUAACACAGUUAUAAAUAUAUAUAUAUUUACAGGGUUGGGCUGCCCAGGGUAGUCCCACUGAUGUGUUGUAGAAAUAUUUCACUAAAUAUGAAAUAUAUUUGAUUAUUUUAUAUCCUAUGAGUUUGGUAUUUUGGUACUUUUUUCUUUCUGUGCCUAUUACUGUGUUAAAUGUCAAAUUAAAUCUAAAUAAAGUUACACUAUUAUUGCUGUUUA